AACUUCCACUACUGUCGUUGUUGAAACAUCUACUGGAAAACCAGAAUUAACAACCACAAAGGAAGAAACAACAGGGCCAAUUGUCAUAACUUCCAAACCUACUACUUUAACCACUAUGAUAUCAGGACCCACAACAAUUGCCAAAGCAACUACAUCUAGCACAGCUGGAACCACAACAACUGUAGAAACCUCAACUGUGACAACUCCAGUUACCUCCACAAAGCCACCUAUGUUAGUCUCCACUGGCCCUGUUACAUCCUCCACAACUUCUAUUAUUCUAACUUCCACUUCCACACCACAGCCUUCUCCAACAAGUACAAGAACAACAGAGUAUGUUGUCUUCACUGGGUCAUUGAAACCAACAACUACAUUGAAAUCCUCACAAGCGAUUAUUACAACUACUUCACAUGUCGUUCCCACCAGCCAGUGCGUUUGCACUGUUAAUGGGACACAGUAUCUACCAGGGAGUCUUGUUUAUAAUGUAACCGAUGGUUCUGGAUGGUGCUUCACUGCCUACUGCAAUGCAUCAUGUCAAGUUGAAGUGGAAUCAAAGCCUUGUCCUUCCUCUGAACCACCCACUUCAUCCCCCAUAAUCACAAUGUCAACCACUCAAACCACUCCUGAUUGCACUAGCGUUCAGCCACCAAGAAAGAAUGGAGAAUCAUGGCAGCUGAAUAACUGUACAACAGCAGUUUGCCAGGAUGGUACUGUUGUCAAAGUACCAGUGAAAUGCCAGCCAGUCGAGCCACUACAGUGCGAGAAUGGUUAUCCACCUGUCAAGGUCUAUGAUUCAACUGGAUGCUGCUUCACAUAUGAAUGUGAAUGUGUAUGCACUGGAUGGGGUGGAUCUCACUACAUUACAUUUGAUGGAGUACAUUACAAUUUCAUGGACAACUGCUCAUACACCUUAGUGAAAGAAAUCAAUUUAAAGUAUAACCUAAGCAUUAUUGUUGAUAACCACUACUGUGGAAACACUGGCAAUGAAUUCUGUCCUCAGUCCCUUAUCAUUUUUUACAAAUCUUAUGAAGUGAUUCUUACCCAGCAUAAAUCUGGCAAUACAACAACAAAUGUGGUAUUUGUCAACAAUGAACAAAUAUACCCAGCUUACACAAUUGGUGACAUUUCUCUGACAAGUACUAGUCUGGAGAUUGUGCUGGAUAUUACUAAUAUUAAUGUUCAGGUGGUCUACAAGAGGUCAUCAUUUAGCAUCAACCUUCCCUUCUCCCUCUUUCAAAACAGUACAGAGGGCCAGUGUGGUACCUGUGAUAAUUCCCAGAAGAAUGACUGUCGCUCACCAAAUGGUCAAAUGGAGAGCUGCUCCAUCACAGCUAGCCAGUGGCUGAUUCCAAACCAGGACUGUGCCCCUCUGCCAACAACAACACCUUCCACCACCACAUCAACACCAACCAUAUCCCCUACCCCCUGCCAACCAGCAAUUUGUGAAAUCAUGAACAACAAGGUCUUUGAGGCAUGCCAUAAAGCAGUAUCUCCUGAUGGCUUUGUUCAGGCCUGUAGAGAAGAUGUCUGCAAUGCUAAGUCUAGUUGCUCUAGUCUGGAGGCGUAUGCAUCUGAAUGUGCAAAAAGAGGGAUCUGUAUUGACUGGAGAAACUCCACUAGUGGAGAAUGUGUGCAUCAAUGCUCAGAAACUAAGGUGUACAUGCCAUGUGGCCCAGCAGUUGAACCAACAUGUAAUGCUAGAUAUAAUGACAAGUACUUGAACAAUCAAACCCAAAGCACCAAUAAGACACAGGAGGGAUGCUUCUGUCCACAUGGCACCAUAUUGUUCAGCACUUACUCUGAUACUUGUGUGGUCGUCUGUGGCUGUACUGGACCAGAUGGCAAACCCAAAAUGCCUGGUGAUGUAUGGGAGAGCGGUUGCCAGAAGUGCACCUGUGACAAGGACUCCAUGGGUGUUCAGUGUCAGCCAAUCACUUGCCCUACACCAGCUACACCCACUUGCAAUGAGACUGGAUACAGGCUGGUAAACAAGACGGAUGGUUGCUGCCUGCAAUAUGGAUGUGAGUGUGAUGCAAAGCUUUGCCCCCAAGUCAUGAUGAUCUGUCAGCCAGGGUGGGAGCCAAUUACAAAUACGUCAACCACAAGCUGCUGUCCAGAGUAUACCUGUGUUCCUAAGGGUGUCUGUGUCUACAAUAACACUGAGUAUAAGCCUGGCUCUCAAGUUCCCAAAGGCACAUGUGAGAUGUGCAGCUGCAGCUCGACCAUGGACCCUAGUACAAUGCUAAACAAAAUUGUCUGCACAAAUAUCUCUUGCAACACUACAUGUUCAUUGGGCUUCCAGUAUCAAGCCAUACCUAGCCAGUGUUGUGGAAUGUGUGUACAGACAAGCUGUGUAAUAACUAUGCCAGAUAAUACCACACACCCUAUUCAGGUUAAUGAAACAUGGUCACCAUCGGAUGACAAAUGUGUGAAAUACACAUGUGAAAAAAAUAGUGGCCAAUAUCUACCUGUGGAAAAGAAGACCAUAUGCCCUCCAUUCCGGCCAGAGAACUGUGUCCCAGGCACAGAAAAAACAGACGCAAAUGGAUGCUGUAACACUUGCACAGAACGCAAUGUCUGUGAGAUGAAGAACACCACCACUAGCAUUGUCAUCAGUGGCUGUGCAACUGCUAAGCCUGUGGAGAUCAAUUCCUGCUCAGGAAACUGUGGAACCUCUUCCAUGUACUCAGCAGUGGCGAACACCAUGAUGCACUAUUGCUCUUGUUGCCAAGAAGCAACAACUAGCCAAAAAGAGGUGGAGCUGAUCUGCUCUGAUGGGUCAAAGGUUAUGCAUUCAUAUGUCCAUGUUGAGUCGUGUGGGUGUCAUAUCACAGACUGUGAUUCAGGCAGAACCACUGCAGCGGGGCUGACCAGACAGCGCAGGAGGAGACGCUAAACCUUUAGGAAAAUGACACGCACACUGCUAUUCUUUUAAACUUUAACUUAAAUCUGUCAUGUAUUUCUGGAUUUAGCAGCACUAAAAUGUAAUGGAGAAUCUCUUUCCUCAUUUGUAGUAAUUAAUAAACAACAGCAACUUCAA